AUGGCGCCGAAAGUAGCAGGCAGGAAGCGUGAAGGGGUGCUCGAAGGGCCGCAACAUACCCCCGCUCCAAAGUGCAAGGCGUGCCGUCAAACAGUAUAUAAACCGCCUUACAACGACCUAGUUCUUCAGCAAACUUUUAGCCACUUACCAGUACCACCAAUCACAAUGCGUGUCGCACUCUUCGUCCUCGCUUUCGCCGCUGUGUUCGUCCUCGCCAACCCCAGUGGCGACAAGAAGAAGUCCAAGAAGCCCAAGGCUGCUGCUGCUCCUGCUGCUGCUCCCGCUGAGGAGCCCGCCCCUGUCGAUGGCGGCGAUGCCCCUGCUGCUUAA